AUGCCGCCAAAUCGAGUCCGAGGCGAAAGGAAACCGUCAGUCCUAGAGGUUCCACCUGCUGGGAAAGACCCCGCCGAGAGAAAGCGCACUUUAAAUGUCCUAGCCCAGAGACGAUACAGGCAGAGACAAAAAGAGCACGUCAAGAAGCUCGAGGCGCAAGUCACUCAUGUCGAAGUGGAUGUUUCUGAGGCACAAAGAGGCUCACCGGCAGAUCGAAACAAUCAGAGCACGACAUCAACGACCGCAGAUCCAAACAUCUUACCAUUUGAUUCGCUCUUCGAGUCCGCUCCGCACGAUAGAGGGCCAUUGCUCACAAAUGGCCACACAUCUUCAGCCGAGUACUCCUCACUGCCUUAUGAAGACAUCCGAGCGGACCUGGCAUAUCCAGAACAACAGCUGUUCGAAGGCGAUCUCUUUGCGGCUUUUGAGGGGAUCGAGCCAGCGCUAAGUUCAGGCGGCCAGGAUCAGUGGGAACUCGAUUUCUUUCUGCCAUCGCACGAUGGUACGUCAACACUAUCAUCUUCGACAUCGUUAUCGUCUUCCAUACGGAGCGGUGAUUCAUCCGUGUCAGCUCCGGCGAUGGGCCACAUCAAACCCGUGUCGCAUAGGACACUGAGACAGGAGAAUGAUGCAUGCUCUUUCCCCGACGAAGCACACCUGGACAUGCCGGAACUAGCACUCCUUCGUGGCUGCAUGUCAAUAGCGCGACGCAUGAACAUUGAGGAAAUCAUGUGGUCUCUCACCUCGACCUCGCCGUUCACAGCGGUUGGGUCCGCCACAACACAAUUCACACACUUACCGACCAACCUGCGCCCGACAUUCACGCAGAUGACGGUCUCACAUCACCCGGCAAUUGAUCUCUUGCCGUGGCCUUCGGCUCGCGAUAAGAUGAUCAAGGUCCUGUCACAACCGCCGGAGGUUCGACCACCAGGGGCAGCGUCUCCUAUGGCUCUGGUCAAUUUUAUUUAUGACCUUGAAGACAGCGCGGAAGGCGUGAGGAUAUCGGGGAAUGACCCUUACUCGGGACAGAAUUGGGAGGUCGGUGAGAAGCUGUUCAAGUCGUGGUGGUGGAUGCUGGAUAGGGAUAUCGUGAGGCGAAGUAAUGAGUUGCGUGCGCUGCGUGGAGCGCCCAUGUUGGGCUGUGGAAGUAUUUUGGGGGAAGUGGCCUAA